AUGAAUGCGUCGACGAAAUUCAGCGAUAAUUAUGAUGUGAAGGAGGAGCUUGGAAAGGGCGCGUUCUCGGUGGUCCGUCGUUGCAUUCACAAAACAUCCGGUCAGGAGUUUGCCGCGAAGAUCAUCAACACGAAAAAGUUGUCGUCGCGCGAUUUCCAAAAGUUGGAGCGCGAGGCGCGCAUUUGCCGCAAAUUGCAGCAUCCGAAUAUUGUUCGCCUUCACGACAGCAUUCAGGAGGAAUCGUUUCAUUAUCUCGUGUUCGAUUUGGUCACCGGUGGCGAGCUGUUCGAGGACAUCGUCGCCAGAGAAUUUUAUUCGGAAGCUGACGCCAGUCAUUGCAUCCAACAAAUUCUCGAAUCGAUUGCCUAUUGCCAUGCUAACAAUAUUGUGCAUCGAGAUCUCAAGCCCGAAAAUUUGCUGUUGGCGUCGAAGGCGAAAGGCGCGGCGGUGAAAUUGGCGGAUUUCGGUUUGGCGAUCGAGGUGAGCCAGGAGGCGGAAGCGUGGUUCGGCUUCGCCGGCACACCCGGCUAUUUGUCGCCGGAGGUCCUCAAAAAGGACCCCUACGGAAAACCGGUCGAUAUUUGGGCAUGUGGCGUCAUCCUCUACAUCCUUCUCGUCGGCUAUCCGCCGUUCUGGGAUGAGGACCAACACCGCCUCUACGCGCAAAUCAAAGCCGGCGCCUAUGAUUACCCGAGUCCCGAAUGGGAUACGGUGACGCCAGAAGCGAAAUCGCUCAUCGACAGCAUGCUGACGGUCAAUCCGAAGAAGCGCAUCACCGCUGAUCAGGCGCUCAAAGUCCCAUGGAUUUGCAAUCGCGAACGUGUCGCCUCGGCGAUCCAUCGUCAAGACACCGUCGAUUGUUUGAAGAAAUUCAACGCGCGUCGAAAACUCAAGGCGGCGAUAUCAGCGGUGAAGAUGGUGAAUCGGAUGUCGGGUGUGCUGCGGACGUCCGAUUCCACCGGCUCGGUGACAUCCAAUGGCGGCGGUUCGACGCCAACGAUGGCAUUGUCGACGACAAUUGUCGACGUCACGACGACGUGCUCGCCAUCGACGUCUUCAGGCGGCCCGACGACGUCGCAGAGUCCGACGAGUCCCGCUGCCGAGGGUGCAAUUCUCACCACGAUGAUCGCCACCCGCAAUUUGUCGAGUAAGUUUUUCAUCAUCAUCAUCAUCAUCGUCUCAAUUUGUGCGAUGUGUGACAAGAAAAAAAAUAUAUAUAUUGGAUGCGAUCUGGCAUUACACUCGAAUUUUACACUAGGGGAGGCAUCAGGUGGUCCAGCUCUUUGGCACCCACCCAUUUGGUUGUAUCCAGAUUUAGAAGGUUCGGGGGAUCCCGAUGGCUUCCUCGAGCCAGAGUGCUUUUAUUCUGAGCGCUUCCUCCCGUGUUCGUUCCUUCUUCCUCGUCGCUCAAUAAUGAACCAUCCGUCGACAUCGUCGAGCCCUUCAUCGGCGACGAAGAAGAUCGCGAACGCGAUCGUCGAGCUUGUCGGUCGGCGAUCGUCGCCGUCGAUUCGCCGACGCACCGAAGCCGAUGUUCGUCGUGCGUCGGCGACGACCACGCGCAAAGCGUCGGCGCCGCCCGGUCUACACCACGCGUUGGCGCCAAUGAUGGAUGUGGUGGUGGCGACGGGCGCCAUCAACGCCACCACUGGCCGGAAUCUGCUGAACAAGAAGGAAGCGGGACCGCCGUCGACGAUCAAAGAAUCGUCGGAAUCGUCGCAGACGCUCGAUGACAAUGAUUCGGAGAAAGGUGGAGUUCAACAACUCAAACAUGAGAACACUGUGGUUCGCGUCGACGGCAGCGGAAUGGCAGCGGCGGCGGCGGCAGUGUCAGCGGCCAACAGCAAGUCGUCGUCAAACUCGUCGUCAAUUAUCUCAGCUCAAAAACAGGAAAUUGUGCGGGUCACCCAACAACUGCUCGAUGCCAUUUCGUGCAAGGAUUUCGACGUCUACACAAGGUUAUGCGACACAUCGAUGACGUGCUUCGAGCCGGAAGCGCUUGGCAACUUGAUCGAAGGCAUCGAAUUCCAUCGAUUUUACUUUGAUGGAACGCGCAAGAACCAGAAUCACACGACGAUGCUCAACCCGAAUGUGCACAUCGUCGGCGAGGACGGCGCGUGUAUCGCAUAUGUCAAACUGACGCAGUUUGUAGACAGAAACGGCGAAUCGCACACGAGACAAUCGCAGGAAUCGCGAGUGUGGUCGCGAAAACAGGGCCGUUGGGUGUGUGUGCAUGUGCACCGCUCGACGCAGCCCAACUCCAAUCAUACCGUAUCCGAUUUCUAG